AUGGUGGCGCUUGGCAUGGUGGCGCAUGGCAUGGUGGCGCUUGGCAUGGUGGUGCAUGGCAUGGUGGCGCUUGGCAUGGUGGCGCUUGGCAUGGUGGCGCAUGGCAUGGCGGCGCUUGGCAUGGUGGCGCAUGGCAUGGUGGCGCUUGGCAUGGUGGCGCUUGGCAUGGUGGCACUUGGCAUGGUGGCGCUUGGAAUGGUGGCGCUUGGCAUGGUGGCGCUUGGCAUGGUGGCGCAUGGCAUGGUGGCGAUUGGCAUGGUGGCGCAUGGCAUGGUGGCGCUUGGCAUGGUGGCGCUUGGCAUGGUGGCGCUUGGCAUGGUGGCGCUUGGCAUGGUGGCGCAUGGCAUGGUGGCGCAUGGCAUGGUGGCGCAUGGAAUGGUGGCGCUUGGCAUGGUGGCGCUUGGCAUGGUGGCGCUUGGCAUGGUGGAGCAUGGCAUGGUGGCGCAUGGAAUGGUGGCACUUGGCAUGGUGGCGCUUGGCAUGGUGGCGCUUGGCAUGGUGGCGCUUGGCAUGGUGGGCCAUGGAUGGGGCACCACUACCAUUGCAGCCAUCUUGAGAGGCAGCUGGUCGCUGGAGGGGCAGGGUCAACAGGAACAACCUUUUGCACCAUUCUCCGCUCUCAUGGAUGAUCACCCCUCCGUUCCUCUCAUGGAUGAUCACCCCUCCUUUCCUCUCAUGGAUGAUCACCCCUCCUUUCCUCUCAUGGAUGAUCACCCCUCCGUUCCUCUCAUGGAUGAUCACCCCUCCUUUCCUCUCAUGGAUGAUCACCCCUCCUUUCCUCUCAUGGAUGAUCACCCCUCCUUUCCUCUCAUGGAUGAUCACCCCUCCUUUCCUCUCAUGGAUGAUCACCCCUCCUUUCCUCUCAUGGAUGAUCACCCCUCCGUUCCUCUCAUGGAUGAUCACCCCUCCUUUCCUCUCAUGGAUGAUCACCCCUCCUUUCCUCUCAUGGAUGAUCACCCCUCCGUUCCUCUCAUGGAUGAUCACCCCUCCUUUCCUCUCAUGGAUGAUCACCCCUCCUUUCCUCUCAUGGAUGAUCACCCCUCCUUUCCUCUCAUGGAUGAUCACCCCUCCGUUCCUCUCAUGGAUGAUCACCCCUCCUUUCCUCUCAUGGAUGAUCACCCCUCCUUUCCUCUCAUGGAUGAUCACCCCUCCUUUCCUCUCAUGGAUGAUCACCCCUCCUUUCCUCUCAUGGAUGAUCACCCCUCCGUUCCUCUCAUGGAUGAUCACCCCUCCUUUCCUCUCAUGGAUGAUCACCCCUCCGUUCCUCUCAUGGAUGAUCACCCCUCCUUUCCUCUCAUGGAUGAUCACCCCUCCUUUCCUCUCAUGGAUGAUCACCCCUCCUUUCCUCUCAUGGAUGAUCACCCCUCCGUUCCUCUCAUGAAUGAUCACCCCUCCUUUCCUCUCAUGGAUGAUCACCCCUCCUUUCCUCUCAUGGAUGAUCACCCCUCCUUUCCUCUCAUGGAUGAUCACCCCUCCUUUCCUCUCAUGGAUGAUCACCCCUCCUUUCCUCUCAUGGAUGAUCACCCCUCCUUUCCUCUCAUGGAUGAUCACCCCUCCGUUCCUCUCAUGGAUGAUCACCCCUCCUUUCCUCUCAUGGAUGAUCACCCCUCCGUUCCUCUCAUGGAUGAUCACCCCUCCGUUCCUCUCAUGGAUGAUCACCCCUCCUUUCCUCUCAUGGAUGAUCACCCCUCCGUUCCUCUCAUGGAUGAUCACCCCUCCUUUCCUCUCAUGGAUGAUCACCCCUCCGUUCCUCUCAUGGAUGAUCACCCCUCCUUUCCUCUCAUGGAUGAUCACCCCUCCUUUCCUCUCAUGGAUGAUCACCCCUCCGUUCCUCUCAUGGAUGAUCACCCCUCCUUUCCUCUCAUGGAUGAUCACCCCUCCUUUCCUCUCAUGGAUGAUCACCCCUCCGUUCCUCUCAUGGAUGAUCACCCCUCCGUUCCUCUCAUGGAUGAUCACCCCUCCUUUCCUCUCAUGGAUGAUCACCCCUCCUUUCCUCUCAUGGAUGAUCACCCCUCCUUUCCUCUCAUGGAUGAUCACCCCUCCUUUCCUCUCAUGGAUGAUCACCCCUCCUUUCCUCUCACGUACAGCAACAACCCGGCCCCACCUCACCUGCCGCGAGUAACAACGAGGGGGCAGAGGCAGUCGCGCGAGAGCGACAUGGAGAGGGAGCGGAUGCAGACGGGGUGGAAGUUGAGCAGGCGCGGGUACAGGUCGAUGGGGCUCAGCGUGCCGCUCGUUAUUAUCACACUCUGA